UCGAGUCUCGCAAACGCCGUUACCAUGGUAAAUGCUUGAUGUUGUUCGGCUGUACUUGUUUUCGAAGGCACCUGAAGGCAGCACAGCAUUGCUUUACUUUACUUUACUGAGCUGAAGAGGUACCCUCUCCAGCAAAAGUUUUGUUUGGGCUUUAAAACGUGAGUUUUAAUGUUUUGAAGUUCCUCUUAUUCACUCGUUUAGCCCACAGAGACGUAACGCAAAGGUUUAGUGUUGUCUUCUUCAGCUCUUUUGUCAAUGUAACAAGAAAUAAACUUCCAGCUGAAAUCUGGGAGAGCCAAUGGAGCUCGGAUUGGAUGGAUGCAGAUGAGGCACGAUGCUAGCUAGCUAACUAGCUACUAAGGACAUGGUGAGCAUCAACAUUAUUCUUUGCCUCCACUGAAGAACAGCCACAGGAAGACAAUCUACUGAUAUGGAAGGCAACGGAGAGAUCAGUGACACUGACAGCGGCAUCAUCCUUCAUUCAGGCUCUGACAGCCCAACGACGCAUACGAAGGACGUGACCACACACACACGGGCCAUGAAGCUCAAACACCAGGCUCUCCAAGACCGACUGGAGCUCUGCAUUCUGGAGCUGAAGAAACUCUGCAUCCGUGAAGCUGAGUUGACAGGACGGCUGUCAGAUGAUUACCCUCUGCUGCCUGGAGAGAGGCCUCCGCAGAUUCACAGACGUAUUGGAGCGGCUUUUAAACUGGACGCACAAAACAUCCCUCAGGGAGGAGAGGAGUCAGAACUGAGUUUAGUGGAUUCUGAGUUGGCACUUCAGAUGAAAAUACAUGAGGCGGCGCACAAGCUCUGCGAGGAGGAUCACCUGAGUAAGGCUGUUAAAAAGAGUCGCUUACAGCAGUGCAAGAGAGAGGAGAAGAAACUCAAACAGCUACAAGAGACGGCCUUUCAGCUGCGACUAGAGCACGGCAGAUCAUCACCACUCCCAGCUUUUAAUAUUGCACAACAAGAUCUGGGUACAUCUGAUGACAGCUCCCUUUCUGAUUCUUUAGUGCAAGAUGAAGAAGUGGCAAGCCAGUCAUCACAGCCGUCAUCAGGGCUCCCCUAUCCAGUAGAGAGAGAUCCUCCCCAGCCUCCCCCUGUGUCCUCACAGUCCUCCGUAGACGGUUCCUACAUGUCUCCAUCUGUGGCUCCACAGCCACGGCCGCUGACCCCGAGUCAGUCUCCCCACCCGAGCCUUGACUCCUCCCUGAGUUUAAACUCAAGCCCAGUGUACGACGCUCCUCCCGUCCAACACUCCCCGUGGACAGAGACUAGUCUGGACCAACCUUACCAGAAGAGCAAGAAGUCACGCUCUUCCAUCAAGAAGAGUCCAGCCAAAACUGAACUGUUGCCACCGUUGGAGGCUUGCUUAGCACAAUCUGCUCUGCCACUGCAACUUUCCCAUCUGAGGCUGAGCCGCACCCAGUCGAACAGCACUCCCUCCACACCAGAGAUGCGUGUGCACAGACAGCUCUCCCUAAGGUUGUCCAGCCCUGAAUCUUCAUCUGAAAAGGACCGUGGGCGCACCAGAGGUGCAAGAAGGCGACUGACAGAAUAUGCAGUAACUUUACCGGGGACCCCACCCCCUACAGUGAACUAUGGAAGCCAUGCUAGCUCUGAGGAUAGCAACUCCGAACACUCGUUUACAUCUUACAAUAGCUCCCCGUGUCAGGAGUUGCCCUGUGAUUUGUCCAAACAGUAUCAGUCUGCAUUCCCACACUCUAGCCCAGGUGGCAGCUAUGGACCGCAAGCCUUCCCACGCACUGGCUUUUACCAUAAUUCCAGGCACCAGUCCAGCCCCGCUAUUCACAGAGCCUUUUACAAUGAAAUGGUCUACCCAUCUGAUAUGGACAUGACACGGAGCUACUACGCCCAGAAGGCUCCCUUUCCUUCAGACAGAUAUGACUAUUGGUAUAAAGACCCUGCUGUACCCCCCCAGAGAGUACAGAGGCCUUUACCUCCUGACGUCAGGCUCUCCCCUUCCCCAGCUCAAUGGGACCACCCACACUACUGCUCCAGUGGUGUCCCAAGACAAGUAGUGAAUGAACAGCUCAAGUCAUGGCAUCGGCGCACUCAGCUGAAAUCCCCCAGGUCCCGUUCUCUGGACCGACAGGGAGCAGUCAGAGUGAAAAACGUGUCAUUUCGGGAGUCGCCCUGCUACCAGAGUCAGAAGUACCAUGAGCAGGUUAUCCAAAGAAGGGCUCUCCAUAGAGCUGCAGAUGACACUCAAGGGCACUGGGUUGUAGAUGAUGGCUCUCACUUCGUAAGUCAAGUGUAAAGAGAUAAAAUUCGGACACAAAGCUGAACAAGUUCACUCAAAGACUGCAACCGGAUCAAUUCCCAAAAAAACAAAGCGAAGUAGUCAGAAAAUCAACUUGAAUUAACUGUUUAUGCCCAUAAAGAAUAACUGUUUUUCAUGAAAGCUCACAUCAUACGUUUUACCUGCCGGCCUAUAUUUGGGCAUACAGCGGGAGGAUGAAAUUCAAUCCAGUACAACAACAACAACAACACAUGCUACGGCCUCCAAAGUUACUAUAAAGUUGAAUCAACACCUCUCUGACCUACUGCGUGUGCAGCUAAUCACAGAGCAGUUGUAUUGGAUUUAGAGUAUAACUGUAAAGUGUGCCUUUUGUUUUCAUCCACUCUCUGUACGUUGUUCUGUAAUAACAGUUACAAACUAAGCAUUAAACUGAGCACUUUUUAAAUUUUAUGAAUUGAAAAGGGGAUAAAUGCUUGUUAUUACUGAGUGGUGUUUUAACCUGCCACUGUUAUGCCUGAGUGAGGUUGUCUACGUCUGACACCAUAAAUCAGCUGCCAGCUCAAUACUCGUUAUUUAGCUUCCUAAAAAACAGAUAUGGUCAUCCCAGAGUUUCUGUGUAAUUAAAUACAGGGAUUUGUUCAUGUGUAAAGCAUUCACAAAUGAAAUGGUAAUUGGCAGCAGACUGGUUGGGGACAGCAGGAGCUCUUACAGAGACAUAGCCAAUUGCUCAUGUAAUUAGAUUAUGAGAAAUGUGAAUGUUUGUGAAGAUAACUUUUCAAAAUGUGGGAAAAUCAGUGAUGAGAUGUUCACUUUUUGUGGUUUGUUAGUUUUGGAAUAAAGUGCUCCUUUUCAACUAGUCUUAUGAAGGAAAUAAAUCCAUUGUAAAAUAAUGUAAAUAAGGAACAUAUCCCUUUUUUUUAAAGUACAUUUGGUUUGUAAUGUUACCUUGAUUUAGUCACCAUGUUAAAGAACUUGAGCUGCUUAAAUUUAAGUCCCAGGUUUGUCCUUGUUGUCGUGUACUUUUGGGGUCAAAAUUUUCUUGUUUUUGUACUUACACGUUUCUGUGGCUGUGCCAGUUAACUUGAAUUACUCGAUGAUUUAAUCAACUAGACGACAGUAGAUAUUAACUUAACCACAUGAGAUGCAAAGUAUCAAAUUAGGCAAAAGUAGAGUCUUGAUGCAUGGCAGCUAUUAAUGAGUCAAAUAUAAAUUUAAAUGUGAGUCUGAGCUUUAACUGUAUCUUUUUCAGUGUCUCAGAGUGUUUGAGCAAGCAGAUCACUAUACUCUUAACCCUUUAAGGUAAAUGAUAUUCAGAACACUGCAAAUAUGUGAUACACAAGCAGAAGUCCACAUCUCUCAACCAAACAAGAUUUUAUUGUAGAUCUUUUGAUAAUUAGAGGUCAUUACUACAAAUUCAACUACAGUUACACACUGACUGGUCUCUCAUAGUGAUCUUUUUAUGUGUUAAUUUAUUGUGAUUUGCACCAUUGGACCCACUUAAAGUCAAACUUGAAUUAAAAGAAGACAUGAGUUUGCAAAAUACAGCAGCAGUAAAGACUGUAUCUAGCUGUGUGUGUGUGUGUGUGUGUAAGUGUGUAUAUAUGUGUGUGUGUGUAUGUAUAUAUGUCUAUAUGUGUGUGUGUGUGUGUGUGUGUGUGUGUGUGUGUGUGUGUGUGUGUGUGUGUGUGUGUGUGUGUGUGUGUGUGUGUGUGUGUGUGUAUAUGUACAUAUAAAACAGACCACAAUCAUGUUACCUUGUGUGCUGUGUGCCUCUUUUUUUUUUUUUAACUGUCUUCUGUUUAUCAGUUACAGUAGUUUAAGUGGACCUAAUAAUUUGUUACAUUGCUGUUUAAAAAAUCUGUGAAAAUGUUUUUCCUGUGGAAGUAAAUAAAGAGUAAUGCUAUAUACUGAGUUUCAUUUAGUUGCAUCAUGUGCUGUUAUUCCAGUGUCAGAAUGCUUUUAUGGGCCUUUUUCAUCACGGACAUUUUGACACGUCAGAGUAGGAAAAGCACAGGUGUAAAUAGUAAAAUGAAUGACAGCUGAGUCACGUUUAGCUGCUUCUGGUAUUGUGCUUGGUGGUGACUUACUGGAAAUUUGAAUAGAACACAGCCAUCAUUGAUGUUAUUAGUAACACCUGAGAGUUGUGUACUUAAAGGUUGUUAUUUGUAAAGAAAGAGGCUCAAUGGAAAUACGGUAAUUAGGUAUGUGAUGAGGUGUUUUGAGGAGGGUUUUCACAGGUAGGAAAGUGGCUGAGAAAAUGUCUGAUGUAUUGGUACUUCAAACUGCCAUGCAAACUUCAGACAGACUGAAAUAAGUUUGAAAUGGCACAUUUCUCCCUUCAGCUAUUUAUAAUUUAGGACCCCUUUGACAUACAAUAUGUGCUGUAUGUAAUUUUUAAAACGUUAUUCUCUGUGAUUCCUACCACCGUUUUGUAUUGAGAGGUACAAAGUGUAUCACUAUGUGUGUUCUUAAAGUGUAUGGAACAGUUUUCAGAAAACGGCACAAGUGUAAGUUGUUUUCUUUUUUUUUCUAUCAGAGUAGGCAACCAUCUGUCAUGACAGGCUGUGAGAAAACAGGCAUUCAUCCAACUCCAUAUUUUUUCUCAUUCUCCUCUAUGUUGAUCUCAGUGCACCAGCCUCUUCUCCAUUUUUGUGACCCUCAGAGUGAAUUAUUUCUCCAAGUUACUCACUGUAUCAAAAGGGUAAUGUGCAUUAUUUCUGGCCACAGUGCAUUUCAGAUAGAUUUGAUAUGCAUCAUCAUACUGCUUUAAAAAAAAAAAAAAAGUUGAAUAAAAAUGCAUCCAGCAGGCAACAUUUUUUUCCGGUCUCAAACACACUCUAAGUAGAAAAACUGUUUGUGAUACAUUUAGAAUAUAUAUUUGACAUAGACUUGGUUUAUACUUGCAAGAUAUCUAUAACAUGUAGUCUUCCCAUACAUGUAUUUUGUACAGUGGACCUGAUAUGCACAAUUAAGUAACAACAUUUUAGAGAGCUGCGUUUUUUGCUGUGGUUUCUAAAAUGUUGUGUUUAUUAAAUUUUGCUAUGACUUCUGAAAUCGUGUGGGGGUUUUUUU